AUGAAGGAUUUUAUUCUCAACAAAUCCAAAUCUACACCGAUCCCCUAUCCUCAAUUGGCCACAUACAUCCUACAGGCAAACAACAUUGCCCCUUUUGAGCCUGGAGAGUCUAAGACCAAGGUUCCUGCUUUUGGGAUUACACAGUUGCACAAGAUGAGGAUUCCUCUGCCUUUCAGACCAUCUCAAAAGGUACCUCAGAAGGACAAGGGGAAGCAACCAGCUGUCAGCACCUCUAAGACUCAGGAUGAGGCCGAAUCCACUGCAGCUCCUUCAUGCCCUUGGACCCUCAUUCAUGGAGAGAUCUCUCAGGGAGAUGUUUCAGGCCGAGCUUCAAGAAGAAAUUCGAGAGCUCAAAGGGAUGGUAGCCUCCCUAGCACUACCUUCAGCUUUGAGGACUUACUCCAUCAUCCCCCAUCUCCUCCUCAUCAUGAGCCUGGACCUUCUACCUCUACUAUCCCCACUUCUCCUGUUUCCACUUCACUAUCUGUACCAUCUACCUCUCCCACUCCCUCUCCUACUUUGGCCCUGAUCACUGUUCCCCAGCCAGUUCCCUCUCUUUAUAUUCCAUCACUCUCUCCACUUUCUCACCUUCCCCCUCUUCCUAUUCCCCUGUCCAUUCCACCUGUUUCUACUCCUUCCUCUUCCCCACCAUAUGCUGACAAAAAGGGGGAGAAGGAUUCUGAUGCUUAG